CAUAUCUGUGUCAACUUUACGAUUAUGGCAUGCCCCUACUGAUUCGAGCCUAUAUAAGCCCAACCAUCCCACCCAAAAAACUCACACCAGGAGCACACAUCACCUGUACCUCCAACACAAGCUAUAUAUUCAUGGCGAAACUACUCCUAGGUUUGCUCCUUGUCCUUGCUGUUGCGGGGACAAUGUCGGCCGGGGACUGCGACGGGGACCGGGAGGACAUGAUCCGGGAGUGCAAGAAGUACGAGAUGUUCCCGGCGGAGCCCAAGAUCCCGCCGUCAGCAGCGUGCUGCGCUGUGUGGCAGAAGGCGGACAUCCCGUGCCUCUGCAAAAAGGUCACCAAAGAGGUAGAGAAGGUGUGGUGCAUGGAGAAGGUCCUCUACGUCUCCAACUACUGCAAGAGGCCCUUCAAGCCUGGGUACAAGUGCGGGAGUUUUACGGUUCCUCCCCUUGGCCAAUAAAUGGAUCUAGUGAUAAAGCAUAUAUGUUGCAUGUGAGACUGUUGAGAAUAAUGUAUUGUAUACUUCAUAUGUAAAAAAACUGGGAAUAAUAUGAAUAUGUGUUGGAAGAAAAUGGUUUGUAGUAAUAAUUUUAAUAUAAAUUAAAAACAUUGAUUUUUCUC